GAGCAGAAGGGAAGUUUGAGAGGAGUGGAUGAGAAAGCCUUCGAUAAAAUCACAAAACACGUUUUUUUUUAUUAGAUAUCAGUGGUAACUGUAAAUACCACAGAAAACAAAGGUAUUUGUAACAAAAGGAGAGCAUCAUCACUGACAUGGAGUUCACCCAACGCUACCUUCCAAUGGAAUGGGAAGAACAAUGGAGGAAGGAAAAAGACAGGAAGAAAAAAGUGUUUGAAGAAGGUGGAGAAGGGAUGGAACAAGACAAUCGUGAGCUGAGAAAGAUUGUUGCUUACAAUGAUUCCAGGAUGGGUCUGAUUAAUGAGUGGACUAACAAUGAGGUAUCAGAAGUCAGAAUGAGUGGUACUAGUCACCAAGUAACCAGGGGGCUUAUGGAUGAUGGGGCUUUUGGGGAAGAAGGUUAUAAUGUUCACACUUGCUGCAGCAAAACAUUUUCAGAAAACAUGUUUGUGACUCUGAAAUAUUUCUAUGAUUCUUCUCUUCUUACUGAUCUGACUUUGACUACUGACAAUGGAAGCAGUUUUCAUGUUCACUCAGUUGUCCUGGCCGCUGUCAGUACAUUUAUUCUGGAGAGACUGAAGGAAGAAAGUAGUAAGCAAUCAAAUGAUACUCACAUGGAAACAGUCACAUGGUCAGUAAGCAUGGGGACUGAAGUUGACCGUAUUGGACUUAAGGCAGUUAUUGAGUUUGCUUACAGUGGAAAUGUGUCAUCUUUAAACAAAGACACCAUUACCCAAAUCAAGACUGCAGCUCAAGUGUUGGAGGUCCCACGACUGGUGGAUCUCUGCAACAAAACCUUCACAAAACAGGAGCAGCCAACAGUCUCUGCAGAAGAACAUUUGAGGUCUACUCUUCAGUCCAUUGAACAACUGUGGGCAGACAAAGUUGGAUUUGAUGUAACUUUGGAUGUGGAUGGAAAUCAAUUCCAUGUCCACAGAGUUAUCCUGGCAGCAUGCAGUGAGUACUUCAGAGGAAUGUUUACUUGUGGAAUGAGAGAAUCCCAUCAGACCUGGAUUGCCCUUCCCUUCCUGUCAGCUCCUGAUUUAGAGGCUCUAAUAAGUUGCUCCUACAGUGGAACUCUUCUUCUCAGCUGGGACUCCGUUUUUGAGAUAACUUGCACUGCUCUCCAGCUUCAGUUCCAGCCUGCACUCUUGAUUUGCCUAAACUUUAUGCGUGAUGAAAUGCAGACAGACUCCUGCUUGGAUGUAGCAUCUUUUGCUGAAGCUUAUGGGAUGUCAGAACUCCUUGAGGAAGCCACUGACUUUGUACUAAGAAAUUUCAGGGAAGUGUCAGCCACAGCAAAGUUUCAGGACCUAUCAGCGGAGAGGCUUUUAGACUUUCUUAGCUGUGACAAUCUAUGUGUGCCUUCCGAGUUGGCUGUAUUUCGAGCUGUAAUUUCAUGGAUUGAGGCAGAUCCUAAAGAGAGAUUGACCCAGGCUGGUUUAUUAAUGACUGGAGUUCAUUUCCCACUUAUGACUUUUCGCGAGUUCAGGGAAGUCAGAGCCAUUAACCUGCGUAUGGAAUGCUUUGCAGACAAAGAUGUAGAACUCUAUGGCUCAGCACUCAAGGAAUUUGGUUGCAGCCAUCCAAAAUCCAAGGAUUGUUGUCGGGUCAGGAAACCUAAAGAUGUUAUAGUUGUGGUAGGGGGAGACCAACUAAAUCCAGAUGUGGGUCAACGCAUACCAAGCAAGAAAAUUUGGUUUGCCAACUCUUUACGCAAUGGCACUGGGUUAGUGAAAGACAUAGAGUGGAGGCAGCUUGGUGAGAUUCCAGACAAGCCAAAGUUCAGACAUGGAGUGGCUGUAAUAAAAGACAGGUUGUAUGCAGUUGGAGGAUGUUACUUUUACGCCAAAGAUGACAUAAUGAAGUCAGCCUACAGUUAUGAUCCUGUAUUGGACAGCUGGAAGAGGCUAGCUGACAUGAAUGAGUCAAGAAGUAACUUCUCCUUGGUGGUACACCAUGACCACCUUUGUGCCAUUGGUGGAGACAAAGAGAUCAAUGCCAACACAGAUAGCGUUGAGAUGUAUAAACCAGAGACUGACUCUUGGAGCUUUGUCAGACCCCUGGACCAGGCUCUCAGUGGAUAUGCUGUCACUGUAAUCAAUGAAGAGAUUUUUGUUUCUGGAGGUUUCAACUGUAAGUUUGUUUGUCUGGAUUCCAUGUUCCUGUACCACCCAGAGAGGGGAACUGUCCACUUGACUGAUAUGACCCAUGACAGGGCUCAACACUGCAUGGAAACCCUGCAAGGGCAUCUUUAUGUUGCUGGUGGGGUGUGCAAUAUGAGGUCAUUUUAUACAGACCAACUUGCCUGUGAAGUGUAUGAUCCCAAAACCGACUCCUGGACUAGUUUUGCAUCGCUGCCAAUGCCCCAUGUAGGUGCCGCCUUGGCCAUAUUGGAGGACAAGAUCUACAUACUUGGGGGAUAUUGCCAGGAGGACUACAGUGAGUCUGGACUGGUUCAUCGUUUUGAUGCCACCACACAGCGGUGGGAGAACAUGGGGAAAUUACCAGGGGCUGUAACUGAUAUAAAGGCUUGUCUUCUCCGCUUGCCCCAGCACUUUAGACACUAA